AUGCUCUCGGACCUCUGCGAGCGCCACUACGAGCACGGCAGGCUCUGGUGGAAGUCGUACGACGGCGUCCUUCAGGGCUAUCCGCCAGAGGUGUGGCCAAUGACGUGCUGUACGAUGGAAGGGUAUCUGCAGCAGAGCGAUGUGUCCAGCGCCCGAGACGACUUCCCUCGGUUCGGGAGGCGACUCAUCAGGCUGCAGCAGUUCAACAUACGGCAGAGGCCCAGCAAGCUGACCGAUCUAUGGCGCGACAGGCGGAAUCCCUUGCAAUGA